AUGGCUGCCGCAGGUGAAAAGAGAAAAGUUUCUAGAAAGAAGAAGGAUCCAGAUGCUCCAAAGAGAUCCUUGUCUGCUUAUAUGUUUUUUGCCAAUGAAAACAGAGAUAUUGUUAGAGCUGAAAACCCCGGUAUUUCCUUUGGACAAGUUGGUAAAGCAUUGGGUGACAAAUGGAAGGCUUUGACUCCUGAAGACAAGGUUCCUUAUGAAAACAAGGCAGAAGCUGAUAAAAAGAGAUAUGAAAAAGAAAAAGCCGAUCAACAACCACCACCCCAACAACAACCUCAUCUCCAUCAACAACAAGUACCACCACACCCUCAACAAUUACCACCCCAGUUUCAUCCUCAAGGUCAACAAUACCAAGCUGUGCCACCACAGUACCAAUAUCCUUACCAAUACCAGUACCAAAACCCACCACCUCAACAACAACAACCAGGUCAACCAGGUCAACAACCACAGUAUCAGCAAAAUCCUAAUCAAUACGCUAAUGCUCCUCUUCCUCAACAACAACAACAACAACAACAACAACAACAACCUCAAAAUCCAAAUCAAGCUGGCCAACCUCAGAACCCAAAUGAAUACUAUGAUUACUCAUUUCAAAAAGAGUAUUGGAUGCAAUAG